AUGCAUAUGGAUCCAACUGCUCUGGGAAAUUUCAUGCAUGGCUUUCGGUAUCCUGCGACCUGUAUUAACAUGGCACAGUCAGACAAUGCUCCAAUCCAACACUAUCACCAUGGCCGCUUCCGUGUUGCAGGUGGAGUACUUCCAGAUGCCAUAACUGCCUAUCAGACCUUCGGCGACAAGAAAAACCCCUGUAUCGUGUUUCCGACAUGCUAUGGAGGAAAACUUGACGACCAGAUAUACAUGAUUGGCGAGGACAAAGCAUUGCAACCAAGCAAGUACUUCAUUGUCACGUUCGCGCUAUUCUCCAACGGAGAAUCGUCCUCCCCUUCGAAUACUCCCCCACCUCAUAACGGGCCAUACUUCCCCGCUGUAUCCUAUGAAGACAACAUUCGUGCACAGCAUGCUGUUCUGACUAAGGUCCUUGGGAUUCAGAAAGUCUUUGCUGUAAUAGGUUUCUCUAUGGGAGGCCAGCAGGCGUAUUACUGGCCAGUAGUCUUUCCUGAUUAUGUAGAGAGAUUCAUUUCGAUAUGCGGUUCGGCAAGAACAAGCCCUCACAACAAAUGCUUCUUGGAAGGUCCCAAGGCGGCAUUGACAGCGUCAAAGGACUUCGAGAAUGGACACUAUAAAACCGUACCGCAGAUUGGAGUCCGUGCCUUUGGGCGUGCAUACAGUGCCUGGGCUUAUGGGCAAACUUGGUUCAGGAACCAUGGUUAUUUGCAUGGUGGAAAAUAUGCGGAUCUUGAAUCUUUCCUCCGCGAAGACUGGGAGGCUGGCUUCCUCAAUGGUUGGGAUGCAAACGACCUACUAACUCUUCUUCACACCUGGCAAACUGGAGACGUGUCCCUUGUUCGCGAUGGAGGCAACUACGAAGCUUGUCUAAGCAAGAUAAAAGCGCGAGGACUCAUCAUGCCGUCCAAGACAGAUUUGUACUUCCCACCGGAAGAUAGCGAAAUCGAGGUCUCGCAUUUGAAGGACGCCAAGCUUCUUGUAAUUGAUUCGGUCUGGGGACACAUGGCUGGCGGGGGUUCGAAUGCUGAGGACGAUGCAUUUAUAACAAAGGAAGUGAGAGCCUUCCUCGAGUCCUAA